CUGCACCAUGAGUUUGAGAACAAACCACGCCCACGUGUUUUCAGACUCGAAACGCCAAGUGUUUAUUCUGACGCAGCAAAAAUCUGGUGUCCACACACAGUUACAGCCACAUUUCCUGAUUAAACUCGACAUUAACAGUCAUGGCGCAGAAUAUGAUGCUUUACUGGGGCUCGGGCUCUCCGCCGUGCUGGAGGGUCAUGAUCGCGCUGGAGGAGAAGAAGCUGCAGGGAUACAAACACAAACUUCUGUCGUUUGACAAGAAAGAGCAUCAGAGUGCAGAAGUGAAGGCUCUCAAUCCCAGAGCUCAGCUUCCAACUUUCAAGCACGGAGAUCUCAUCGUGAACGAGUCUUUCGCCGCGUGUCUGUAUCUGGAGAGUGCGUUCAAGUCUCAAGGAACCCGUCUGAUCCCAGAUGAUCCAGCUGAACAGGCGCUCGUCUACCAGCGGAUGUUUGAGACCAACAACCUGCAGCAGAAAAUGUAUGACGUGGCCUUCUAUAAGUGGCAUGUACCUGAAGGAGAGCAACAAGAAUCGGCCCUGAAGAGGAAUAAAGAGAAUUUAGUUACCGAGCUGAAACUGUGGGACGGAUACUUGGAGAAGAUGGGUAAAGGGUCGUACCUCGCCGGCAAGAACUUCACCAUGGCGGACGUGGUUUGUUUCCCCAUUAUUGCAUAUUUCCCACGACUUCACUGUCCUAAAGAGAAAUGUUCUCGACUGAUGGAGUAUUAUGAAAUGGUGAAGGAUCGUCCCAGUAUUAAAGCCAGCUGGCCUCCACACUGGCUGGACAAUCCUGUUGGUCCAGACACGCUGAAGAACCUGUGAGGAACAUCGAGACGUCCCCAACACCGCUGGAUCACAUUAAUAAUCAGCUUUGAUGUAUUCAGUCAUUGCCUAUGCUGUGUUUCCUAAUGAAGAAACCAACACAAACAUCUUUCUUACUAAUCAAUUUACACCUACAGCUAUUAAAUCACAACUCUUGUCUUGUUUAGAUUGCGGCAGCUUUAAUAUGUCUGAUGUUUUUAUCAUUUUUUUCUGUCACUUAUCGUUGAUACAGCAGACCGCAUAAUCUGUGCACUUUAUUUUGAACAAUUUCUAAAGAUGAAGCUCAUUGUUAUUGUCUGUAAUGGAAGAUUAACAUGUUUGGGAUUAAUAAAGCUUUGUCCUGUUCAGUCAA